CCUAAUUCUAAAAAGGAUGAUCGUUCUAGACAACGAACAUGGCCAAGAGAACGAGCGGUCGCCUCUAAAGAGCGAUUCAAGUCCAACAACGGAAAGACACGUCUACUCGCCUCCUCCACCGCCGUAUGGCGCCCCGCCUUCGAACUAUGGCGCAAUACCCUCGCAUUCGUGGUCGGCACACCAAGAACCUCACCGUCCUCCGCGGUCUCCACUCUCACCACCACCGGCGUUCUAUUAUACCCCGCCCCCGCCUGCACCGGUCCACCCAGCUAGAGCAGCAGCAAGACGCUUCUUCAAAGCCUACCUCGUCGCUAUCUCCUUCAUUUUCUUCUGGGGUCUCUUCAUUGGCGGCAUCGAGCUCGCCUAUCGAGACGCUGCAAACGGGCAUGUAGUCCGUGACUGGGUGAAAGACAACAUCGGCGUGACGAUGGGGCCAAAAGAACUUGGAAAGAGGAGUCGGAGUAGCAGGAAUAUUUCACCAUAUGAAAGGGUGGAAUGUGUGACGAUAACAAUGGUCCCUUCAGCGUCGCCUUCGCCUUCCCCUACGCCUAGCACCGGCAUGCCGAUCCGACCUCUACCUAUCAAUUACCCCCCACCUCCGCGUUUACAACCGUCAAGCUCCUCGCCUUCCCCUUCUCCGACUUUCACUUCGCCUCCUGCGUCAACAUCGCGUUGACACUGGUGUGAUACCAGAUUUCUGAUGCUUCCCCUUCCACUUCGUCUUCCACUUUCGCCGGAAGGCCUUACUCCCUGGCUCCACGGAAGACAUACCCGGGAAGAACAACUCAACUUCGCGCGUCCACCCACCCUCGACCUUCUUACCCACCAACCAACCACGCAACAUCUACCCUCAAUGACGAUUCACGAAUUCCAUAUAUCAAAGGCUCCUGAUAGGACUUUCCUUUCCUUCAAUUAUCUUAUCAAGCACUGAUCCCAUCCAAGCGGCAGAUGGCCCGAAGUUCCUCCUCUCUUCCUUUCCUCUCCACUUCCAUAUCCGGUCCGCACCUUCCUGUUCUCGCUACCAGGACCCAAAUCUGAAUAUUGAAUCUGUGGCACAUCAA